AGUACAAAUUGUCCAAAUAAGACAGAAAGUUAGAAAGAGGAGUUAGAUAUCCGAAAAAUAAAGUCCUUAGGUCGCAAACUCGUCAGGUUCACCUUUGACCCCAAAGCCUUCACCUCUGACCCCUCGGUACGACAGAAGGACAAAACAGCCCGAUUCCCGGUUUACGUGGGGCGAAAAGUCAUCAUAGGAAGCAGACAAAGAUGGCGGCAUCAGGAUACGGGUCUCCCACCGAAGUAGACAAGCAGUGCUAUGAUGGGUCUCCCAGCGAGGUUUGCAACAACAAAAUAACUGAUGAUGGACACCAGAUGGCAGCACAAAAAGUCAAAGCGAGUACCGCUGGUGAGAAACCAUACAGGUGUGACCAAUGUGGCUAUUCUGCUGCAGAUUUGACCAUUUUGGUCACCCACAUAAGAACGCACACCGGUGAGAAACCCUACGUGUGUGGAGAGUGCGGGUACAGGACGGGUGAUAGGUCUAACUUAUCCAAACAUAUGAGAACCCACACAGGAGAAAAACCCUACAAAUGUGACCUGUGCGACUAUUCUGCAGCACUUAAAGUCCGCAUGGACAGGCAUAUAGCAGCAAAACACAAUGAUAAGAAACCCUAUAUGUGUGGGGAGUGUGGAUACAGGACACCUUUUACGGAUGCGUUAUCCAGACACAUGAGAAUCCACACAAAAGAGAAACCCUACAAAUGUGACCAGUGUGACUAUUCUGCAGCACAGAAAUCCACUUUGGACGAACAUAUGGCAGCAAAACACACUGGUGAAAAACCCUUUAUGUGUGGGGAGUGUGGAUAUAGGACUUGUCUAAAGUCUAAGUUAUCCAGACAUAUGAGAACCCACACAGGUGAAAAACCUUACAAGUGUGACCAGUGUGACUAUUCUGCAGCACGGAAAUUCAGUUUGGACCAGCAUCGCACAAAACACACCGGUGAGAAACCCUUCAUGUGUGGGGAGUGUGGGUUCAAGACAGUGCUAAAGUCUAACUUAUCCCGACACAUGAGAGCCCAUACAGGAGAAAAACCCUACAAGUGUGACCAGUGCGACUAUUCUUCAGCACGGAAAUUGUACUUGGACCAGCAUAUAAAAAAGCACACUGGUGAGAAACCCUAUAUGUGUGGAGAGUGUGGAUACAGAGCAGCUCAAAGGUCUACUUUAUCACACCAUAUGAGAACUCACACAGGAGAAAAACCCUACAAGUGUGACCAGUGUGACUAUUCCGCAGCACAGAAGUCCCACCUUGAAUACCAUAUGGCAGCACAACACACUGGUGAGAAACCCUACAUGUGUGGGGAGUGCGGGUACAGGACAGCGCGAAAGUCUGACUUACCCCGACAUAUGAGAACCCAUACAGGGGAAAGACCCUUCAAGUGUGACCAGUGUGACUAUUCUGCAGCACAAAAAGGCACUUUGACCAUUCAUAUAGUAGCAAAACACAAUGGUUAGAAACGUUUGUGAGAGGUGCGGGUUCAGGACAUCUCGAAAGUUUAACCUGUCUGGAUACAUGAAAACCCAUAUUGGAGAAUGUAACCAGCAUGACAGUUACUAAAUCCUCUGUCAACCACCAUAUCGCAAACCACAUAGAAA